AUGGAAUCCGCUACAUCCAUCCUACUGUUAUUAGCAGUCAUUUCAAUUUUCAUCCUCCUGAUAAAAUUUGCAGCCCAAAAGAAAAAGACAACAAUGAACCACAAAGUUCCUCCCACAGUUUCCUAUUCGUUGCCAAUAUUUGGACACGGCAUUUACAUUUGCUUCUAUCCCCGACAAUUCCUCAAACACUGCUAUUCAAAACAUGGCGACGUGUUUCAAGUAAAAAUAUUCUCCAGACUUGUCACCAUUGUCUGCAAUCGGGACCUAGUUUCAGAAAUUUGUAGUUCAAGUGAAACCGAACUCUCAUUUUAUAAUCAUUUGGAACGAACAUUCGUCGGGAUGGCAAACGGAUUAAAGAUAUCAACACGUGCCUCCAUCAUUCGAAAAGCUACCGUCAAAAUUGGCAGCCGCCAAAUGGGGUAUUCAAUCCUGCCCGAUGCUUAUGAAUUUGUCGACAGACUUAAAUUCCAAUCACAAAAUGCAAAGGACAAGAUCGAUCUGAAACUGGAGAUUUCUCGCUUUGUUAUCAAAGCAACGGCAUCCGCUCUCCUCGGGAUCGAGUUCACUGACGCAAUGGUGGAAGAAUUCAAAACUUAUGCGUCCCUACAAAACAUUUCGGCAAUGGCGACAAGAGCACUGCCCAUCCAGUUAGCGAGACUGUUGUUUAGUACAAGAUUAAAUAUGAGGAUGAAUCAUAUUUGGACAGCGUUGGAAAAGCAGAUUGCACUCUAUCGAGAAGAUUCGAGUCUCAGGGAGUCGCAAGUUUUGAGAGCUGCUGUCGACGCUGUCAAUGACCGAACCCAGUCUCCCUUGACGGAUCAUGAGAUCACCUGUGUCCUAAUGGGGCUGUUAUUCGCAAGUACUGGGAACACGUCGCUGUGCAUUUUGCAUACUAUUCUCGAAAUUUCAAAGAAUCCUGAAUGUCUAAAAAGAGUUUUAAAACUGGUCGAUCUGUCCUUUGAUUCCGGAGAUGUGACAGAUAUCCUAAAUUCGGAUUAUUUGCACUACUGCAUCCUUGAAGCAGCACGAUUGAAUACGAAUAUUAUUCUGGUGGAGAGGAUGCCUGAGCAGAAAAAAUACAUUGGAAACUACUACGUCGGGCAUUGUGACCUCGUCGCAAUUGCAGGAACACUAAAUCAUGUUGAUGGCUCUGCGCAACAAUCGUUCCUCCACCCACACGAUUUUAAUCCCGACCGUUAUGUGGAAAAUCAGCAACUUCAAUCUCAAGUUAUGAGUUGGGGAGCUGGAGGACACGCAUGCAGUGGACGACUUUUUGCAAUAGUCAUGACAAAACUGCUGGUGGCAAAUUUUCUGAAGAACUUUUCACUGAAUUUGAGGAGUACGAGCGUGUCUAAACCUAAUUUUAGAUAUCCAACAGCAUUUGUGGAUUUAAAAGUAUUGGCAAAACUUGAUGAGAGGAAUAUAGAGUAG